UUCCGUCAAAUCACUGCGCGAAGGUUGAUCAGCUGAGCUGAAUUCUAUCAUCUGAGCGCGAAUCGACGUGUGCGUAUUUCAGACACUUAAGAGUAAGUUUAACGUCUAGUUACCAACCGAAUGGAAAUAAACGAUGUGCAUUUUACCUAGUGUUUAAAGAAUCAUCAUGCAAUAAGGACAAAAUGGGACAAAGGAAACGAAAACAAAAACAACGACAGAAACCUAAAGAAGCGGUUAGUGGUGACCAACAAUCGGAAUCAAACAAUGGGGAGUCGACUUCAUUAUUUGAAACGAAAGGACAGUCAUCUACGGAAAAAGUACCACCAGAACCGCAAUCUGCAUUGUCAGUAACUGAACAAUGUGAAGGAGGACUAGAGGUCAAACCAUGUUUGCCAGUUGGUAAUGACACGUCGGGAAUGCAGACUUAUAACGAUAAAAAUAGCUCCGAUGAAAGUGCGUCUUCCGUUCAGGUUACAGAAGCAACGGACGAGUGGCCUUCACUGGAAAGCUCAACCAAAAGGGACACUGGAGCGAGACCCAAAACAUAUGACAGUACUGUGUGGAAAGUGAAAGGAAAUCGUAAACCAGAUGUGAACAUUUACGGAAACUCAAAUGUGCAGAUUGGAGAUGGGCAAAAUAUUAUACAGAUGAAUUCAUAUACAGAUGCAGUUGUUCCAACGCAAGUAACCAUUAAUUUUCAAGAGAAAGGGACUUUGCCAUCUUCUAAGAUGGCAGUCAUGAAUAAAUUCCGAGAAAGUAUGAGGCAUUUUAAAACUGGCCAUUUUAUUCUCGUAACGGAUGAAGUUGAGUUUGUUCAAAAUAUUGACUGUCUUGGGUUUGUAAAGUGGCUUGUUGUGUUUGACUUUGAUAAAAGAGGUUGGGAAACUGGACUUCUUUCACGUGUUAAGAGUAGACUGCAACAAAGUGCUUUUCUAAACCAUAUAUGUUGGCAAGAUACAAAAUUUUCAGUAUCAAAUGAAAACAUAACAUGGAUAUCACUCACGGGAAUCUCUGACCGACCAGAUACAAUUUUGGACGAUUUAAAUCAAUGGAAACGAAAAGUAAGGUUAAAUCUUACCCAACAAAUUAACCAGAUAAAGAAAUUUUGUGAAUUGUCUACGAUAUUGAGCGUUCUCGUUGUAUGGCCAGAAAUGUCUACAAAAUAUGGCCAUUUUCGAAUUGUCAUAGAAACAAUACAAGAAAAUCUCGAUGACGUAGCUAUUGUGGUUGCUGUACCAAGUAAUGUUCACAAUGCAGAUGAUGCAAAUUUAAAAUUGCUAGAAGAAGAAAAUGAAAAUUGCACUGUUCUGCAAAUCGAUCUUCAAGAAAUCUGCAAAAUUAUUCAGUCGGAAUGCGCAACUCAAACCGUUUCAAACCAUACCCAGUAUAUGCUUCCUACGAGCGAUGGUUUUAACUUACCUGGUAUAACAGAUGCAGAAGCCCACUGGCUACGCGAAGACCUAGAUGUUUUAUAUUUUGAAAACAACGAGGAAUACACCAUAGAAAAUCUACAGGAAGAGGAGCAAAUGUUCUAUAAGGGUGGCACUUUGUCCUGGUCGGCAAGAUAUGCUGGGAGAUCUACACACGCCGAUAUCGAACGAGACUUUCAUAAGCAGAUAGUUAGUAAAAUUAAAGUAAGACAUAUUCAAGUCUGUAAAGCUGGUAUAAUCAAACUAUGUCACAAUCCUGGAUCAGGCGGUACUACGCUAGCCCAAAGGGUUGUGUGGGAUUUAAAGCAAGAGACACCUUGUGCACAGGUGAAACACAGAUUUGGUUCAACUCUGCAGGAUAUUUGCGAGAAGAUUGAACUUUUGCAUGACAAAACACAAUUACCAAUUAUUGUGCUACUAGAUGGCGAGGAAGAGCAACGAGUUGAAUCCAUUUUCAGUUCUGUUCGAGAUAGAGUUUGCAUCAUAGUUCUCUAUGUUCAAAGAUAUUAUACUUACAUAGACCGAAAUUACGAAGAAAUAAUCAGCAAUAAGAUGUCAUUUUUUCUUCAAAAUCAUGUCUCUUGUCUAGAAGCAGACCUUUUUGCAAGGCAAUACCGGAAAGAUCAGAAGUUAAGUCCACUGCAAGAGAAAAAAUUAAAACAGUUGGUAGCAAGAUGUCGUACAGAAAACGUCAAAAAACAGAAAAAGAUCAGUGUUUUUGAGUUAGGACUUGAAAUUCAUGAUUAUCAAUACAAUGGAUUAUGCAAAUACAUCAAAGGCUACUUGCAGCUUGACAAAAUGUCUGAAUUACAGUCGUGGCACAAAGUGUUAGCUUACCUGUCCCUUGUUUAUUUCUUCGGACAGUCAUCACUUCCAUGUCGUCUGUUUGCAGAUCUUCCAGCAAUGCAAAAUAUUUACAGAAUUGAAGACUUUCCGAUGGAAAUGAAAGAUUUAGUCGUUCCAGAUAUUAAUGACAUAAAACCAAAUAUGGUUCGAAUAAGUCAUUAUCUUGUAGCAAAGGAAAUUCUUAACCAGCUGCUUCCGCAUCCCAAAAUUGUAAAUGAAUUUUAUCCCCAGCAAUUGUCUGAGGACGCAAAGCGGAAUUUAGAAAAAAUAUCGGUUGAAUUUAUCGAGUUUGGAAGCAGACGUGCAAGCGAAGAUCACUCAUCCAGCUUGAUAUGCAUCAUGACAAAGACAUUUAUUGACCGAACAAAUAAACAGGUUUGCGAAAAUGAAGCUUUCGAAAGUAAGACCAGGAAAACACAAGAAAGUAAGCACAGAAAAACAAAUCUCGCACCUAUAAUAGAACUGGCUAGUGAUAAGCCACCAUACACCGAACGGUUUCGUAUUUAUCAGCAAUUAACGGAGUCUUUUCCGAAAGAGGCGCAAUUCAAAGCACAUCUUGGACGGCUUUACAGUUUAUGUAGACCGGAAGAGGUAAAACAAGCUGAAAAGUAUUUAAGUGAAGCCUUAGACGACAGUUUGGCGGAGAUAGAAGGAUUUGAUGAAGAUGACAUUCCUUAUACAAAGAAACUUGACCUGAUGCACAUUUACCACAUGUUUGGAAGUGUCAUUAAGAGAAAUCUUUCUAAAUAUACAGGAAAAACUGAGGGGGGAUCGAAAAAAAUUGACUUUGCAAGGCUUUCUAAGGUUUUAUUGCACGACAUUAAACGAGCAUGCACAUACUUCACUGAGAGUAGAAAAAUGACUCCUCUUGGCUCUGAAAAAUGUUACAGCUAUGUCAGCGAGAUACAUGUUCGUCUAACAUUUUGCGACUUUGUUAAUAAGAACAGUGGUUACACUAACUUAUUUGAAUUUCUUGACAACAAUGACAGUGAAGCAGCCGAUUUCGUAAGAGAUUCAUGUGUUAUUAUGGAUGAACUGUUUGUUGAAUGCUUUAGUGUGAUUGAACUUGAACGUAUGGAUUAUUCGAUCGGCAACUGUCAGGAAUGGUAUUCAGCUUUGUUCCAGUGCAUUCCAGGUCAUUUUAUUCCAAACAUAGGGGACGGUGUACAGUCCAGGAGGCUAGAGAUAGCUAGAAUCAAAAUGCAAUACUGCGAGCCAGAUACAUAUGGCGUAUUAGAACUUAUAACAAACGCAAAUGACAUCCAACAGAUCGCAAAAAGGUAUGAAAUGAAUAUCAUAGAAUAUGAAAAUCAGGGCGUUUUACAUGUUUCUAAACGACAAAUGAACAUGGAUUACAUGGAAUGGAUGUACGUUAUCCGCCACAAACUUUAUGAACAAGAAUGUAAGAUCGAUCACGUACUUCAAAAAGUAGAGAAAUGGCACGAACUACUCCAUUCUCCUCAAAGCCGAUUUUACCUAUUUGUUCUGCACAGUCUGCUUGGAUUUGGUACAGAUGGAGACGGAAGUCAUAGCUUACUUAUUGCAGCCAAAAAUUUAAAAGAAGAAGUUGUCAAAUUUUCGAAAUAUGUAGCUAAGCCCAGGUACCCAAGAGAGUGGCUGGGGCUACCCAGAGACGAUAUAAGAAGACUGUAUCCCGGCCUCCGUUUCUUUAGAAGGAUUGAAGGUAGAAAAAUACCAACCGAUCUUUUAGAGAUCAGAAAGGGAAAAAUUCUGCCCCCAAAUGACAAACCUUCUGGGGGCUUUAUUGCACUUGAUCUGGGACCAAAUAAUCGUGUACCCAUAAAUGUAUUCUACAUUCCAGCACGAACGGAAGGUUUAAAGGGAACACUAAACAGUGGAAUUCGUGUGGAAUUCGUCCUCGGUUUCAGUAUGUCGCACGGCUAUGAAGCAUUCAAUGUCAAGCGUUUAGAAACCGUCCAAUGCCCAAGGUGCAAGAUUGCAAUUGAAAAACGAAGCAAUGAAACAAGUGUAACGUGUCAGAAAUGCACAAUGACUUUUUCUGUGAAAAGGCCUAGAUAUCUAUAAUUUGUUCGAGACACCACAUGUUUAACAGACCAUUAUCAUGUUAUGCAGCACAUUCGAACAUUUUGUACACCGCGAUAAAUACUUCAUGACAUACCAUACAGUUAAGUUUUUGCAUCUAGUUACAAUUGAUAUGCAUAGGCUUCCAAGAUCACAGUGAAGCCUAUUCUGAUGCGACCGCAUUGACUUAAUAUUCAUACAGGUGUGUGUUUGUGUGGCGAUGAGACACAACGGCAUGUUUAGUUUGUGUAUAUUCACAAACAUGUACUGACGCAUGUGUUACCAGAUUGUGUGCGUUAUUUGCUUUGUGUUCUGUGUGCAGUGCAUUGUUUUCAAUGUACAUAUUAUACGAAACUAUGCUAGUGUUAAUAUUUUGCUGUAAAACUUAAAAAACACCGUUCCAAAAACGAAAUAUAGGGGCCUAUACUUGAUUCACUGUUGACAGUUGUCCGUCUGUCUCAGCAUAGAUAUCAACUUGCCUAACGAAAUAGUGCUUCACUUUUCAACAUACAGCUUACAAUCUUGCAUGCAGCGUUCCUUAAGAAAUGUAGCUGUGUAUUUGUUCACUUUGUAACCUUACUAUAACCCGAUAAUGUUAUGCCUGUGGUUAAUUUUGUUAUUGUUAUAGCAUAACUAUUAAAAUUUGCAACAUAUAACAGCGCAUAUUAGAAGCGUUCGCCAUACAACUUUGGAAAGCUGUAGUGUGUUGCUUAAUUAUCGUAUGUUAAGUAUGCAAUUACCUUAGUAAUGUAGUGUAGUGACAGAAAAUAUGUGUCAUGUAUUUACAAUACUAUGUUAAAUGAUAUUGACUCUAACCCACGUAAGCAAAACUGGGUUUCACUUGUUAAAGAUACGUUGUGUAGAUUAGGUUUCUAUCAUGUAUGGCUGCAACAGAGUGUUGGAAAUAAUAACCAGUUUAUUAGUGUAUUUAAACAACGUGUUAAUGACAUAUUUGUACAGGACUGGCAUAGUAGAUUGGAAAAUUCAUCUCGAGCGAUAUUCUAUAACACUUUCUGUAAUUUCGAAUUUCCAUAUCUUAAACAUGUAAAUGUUAAAUGCUAUAGAAAUAAUCUUACAAAGUUACGAAUGUCAUCACAUAGAUUAAAUAUUGAAACAGGUACAUGGAAUAGAACGCCAAGGGAACAAAGGCUAUGUAACAAAUGUAAUAAAUUAGAGGACGAAUUUCAUUUUCUUUUUGAGUGUAAUCUAUAUGAUAGUGUACGAGGAAAAUAUCUUAAGCAUUAUUACUGUCAUAGACCAAAUAUGUUUAAAACUGUCGAGCUGAUUACAAAUGAUAAGUGUGAAAUAUUAUGAAACCUAGCUGUAUAUGUAAGCAAAGCCUUCGAACUGAGAAAAGCACAUUAUACAAUGCAUUAAUAUUUAUAUCGUUUAUUGUAUAGUAUAAACUAUAAUUCACCAUCAGUUUCCUGAUUCACUUGUCCGUAUAUCAAAAUUGCAACCGUUGUCGGUGUUAUUGGGGUCUCUGCAUUGCAAAUACAUGCAUAAAUAAUUAUCGGACACCAUAAAGCCAAAGUAUUAAGCGUCAUACGUGUAUUACAUGACUACAGAUAAAUUUUAAAUUAUGUACACAGGGAUUUAUAAAAUAAGAAUCGUUUUAACCCAUGGUGAUGUAUACAUAUUGUAUAAAAUUAGUGUGGUAGGCUCAUAUGCAUGUAAAAGAUACAUCCAUUAUUGGAUCCAUUAUUGGAAGUAGUGAUGAAACAAGUUCAAUUAUUUCAGCAAAGUAUAUUGAACAAAAUGAUACAAUCGAUGAUUAAGAUUUUCAAUAUUUUAUUUUGAAUCUUCGAAUCUUAAACCAUAGCAAUUAAGUCUAGCAGUUUCUGGUAUACUGAAUAUCAUUUAGUAAGAGAGAAAACUCUUCUGUUCCUUGUGAGAAUGAUUGGAAUAGUUAGCUUUCCUUUCUGCGCUCUGAGUAUUUGUAUUGAAGAACAUACAGUUUUUUUUUAACUUGAUGUUAGAUGUACAGUGAGAUGUUAGUUUACCUUCUACGUAAAACGAAUUUGUGUUAAUGAUUUUGAAAGUCUAUAUUUUUUAUUAACACAUUUUGUAGAACAUGCUUUUCCAAUAGAAAUAUUGAAAUAUCAAAUUAAUAUAUGCUGUGUAUAUACUGUAUGUUUAUUUAGAAAAUUGAUUUUGAAUUUCUACUGGAUGCGAUAUGUAGGAUUUGUAUCAGAACAUUAUUGUUUAUUAAAUCAUAACGUGUUUUUUUAUGCAACAUCAUGUUUUAUGAAUAUAUGAAUGAUAUGAUAUGUGUUGAACAAGGACCAUAACGGCCUAUUUCAACUGUGUAAAUAUGUAUAUGCCUUGAAUAGAUUGAAAAUACUUUUUAUAGAUAUCUUACGUAUCACAAUGCUUUAGAUUUACGAUGUUUAUUUCCAUCCAUGAGUACAUAGACAAUUGGUUAACGCAAACGUGAAACAUCUUUAUAUCACUGUUUCUACUACAGCUAUUCUGGGUUAUUGUAUGAUGUCACUUAAUAUAUUUAUAAACAUAUACACAAACGAUUUUCAAAUAACACUUUACACACGUGCUGUGGGUCUUUAUGAACAGUCACUGACCAAUAACUAUAACUCGGACAAACUCUUUAUAUGGAUUAUGUCCCCUUUUGUACUUAUAAAGGAAGAUUAAAUAUAUUGUAUGGUUUGAAGGCAACAAGUACAUACCUCUGUAACUACUACAGAUAUUUAAUUCAAACUUAAACCAUGUUUUGAGACCAACGUGGGAGGUCACAGACAAAGGUCCAUAACUCUGAACUGCAAUUAAGCAGAAUUGUACCCGUUUUUCUUUGUAAAUUAUGUAAAUGGUUGCUCCUAUCUCUUGACAUUUAUACCUAGUAAUGGAUGUAUUUUGGCCAAGUGUUGUCACGGUCACUUUUUCCAAACACUACGAAAUAGUUUCAGCUCAAACAUAUGUUUGCAUUGCAUUGGAUCCUGUGGGAUCAUGACCAUUGUAACUUCAAAAAUAAAAACAGUUUUCCUCUCGAUGCCUUAAGUGGGAAUGGCUGUAUUUUGCUGUUAUUGUGUUUGUAUAUAGUUUAAAUUAAAAAAGAAUUGAGACCAGACAUUCCCAAACACUUUUUUACAGACGAGUCCGUUUGAAAAUACUAUGUUGUAGGUCCGAAUGUCUGGGAAAUAAUUCCAGAGGAAAAGUAGAUUGUUUUCAUUGUAUUUAAACCUGAAAAGUAAAAGCGAGCUAAAAUAAAAUACGAGCAGAAAAAGGGACAUCGAAUUUUUUUUUUUAGUUCACCUGAGCACAACGUGCUCAUGGUGAGCUAUUUGUGAUCGCCUUUUGUCCGUCAUGCGUCGUCCGUCGUGUGUCGUGCGCCGUAAACAUUUGCCUUGUUAACUCUUAUUGUCCAAUCUCGAUGAAAUAUGGUCAGAAGAUUGGUCUCAAUGAUAUCUUGGAUGAGUUUGAAAAUGGUUACGUUUGCUUGAAAAACAUGGGUGCCAAGGGGCGGGGCUUUUUUCCUUAUAUGGCUAUAUAUUGCUAUAGUAAAAUAUUGUUAACACUCUAGAGACCACAUUUAUUUUCCUAUCAUCAUGAAACUUGGUUAGAAGAUUUAUCCCAAUAAUAUCUUGGACGAGUUCGAAAAUGAUGCCGGUUGGUUAAAAAACAUGGCCACCAGGGGGCGGGGCAUUUUUCCGUAUAUGGCUAUAGUAAAACCUUGUUAACACUCUAGAGGCCAAAUUUAUUUUCCGAUAUUCAUGAAACUUGCUCAGAUUAUUUGUCCUAAUGAUAUCUUGGAUGAGUUCAAAAAUGGUAACCUUUGCUUAAAAAUCAUGGCUUCCAAGGGGCGGGACAGUUUUACUUAUAUGGCUUUAUAUGGCUAUAGUAAAAUCUUGUUUACACUCUACAGGCCACAUUUAUUGUCCGAUCUUCAUGAAACUUGGUAAGAAGCUUCAUCCCCAUUGUAUCUUGGACGAGUUCGAAAAUGAUGCCGGUUGGUUGAAAAACAUGGCCGCCAGAGGGCUGGGCAUUUUUCCUAAUAUGGCUAUAGUAAAACCUUGUUAACACACUAGAAGCCACAUUUAUUUUCUAGGGAUGGCAAACUUAAGCAAAUCCGUAACCGGUUAACCUGUUUUGAUAUUCGAGCGGUUAACCGGUUAACCGAUUGUCGUAUUGACACAUAAAUGAAAAACAAAAACUUCCGAAAAACCUAUACGUUUAUAAACAAUUACAUGUAUAGGCAAAUAUACUCUGUCUUGUUGAUUGUCUUGUAACCUCAUUACUGAAACCAUGUUAUCAAUUAAAUACUGUUUCUUUACAAAUUGUGUUGGUCCUUUAAAUUGGGAAUAUACAUUUGGAAUCCAAUACUUAGUCAUUUCUGAAAGUCAUUUCCGACAUUGUUUACAUGCUUGUUGGUGAACUGUGAUGUGUCUCUGUUGUAAUAUUACCUUCAUGGCAUUUACACAUAAUUAUUGAUCUACACCUUGACAAAUGAAAGCUAGUGCAGAAUUUGAAUUAUGUUGUGUUUUAUUAACACUCAUUAUCCUUUAAGAAUUACGUGCAUUAACAGUUUGCUGAUAAAUAACAAUUGUCAAUUAGCGUAAAUAUAUUUUGCAAUGGGCAUUGUGGUUUCCUAACCACUGUUGUUAAGGUCUGUUUAUACUCAAUGUCUUUAUUAGGGUGUUUAUGUUUGCAAUAGUUGUUAAAACAACAGUGAUCGGGUGUAAUCACAGUGUCAAGCUUUAUUGAUUUUAUCAAGCAAUGGUAGUAAACACAAUGACACAAUAAAACCUGUUCAUUAAUCCGCUGCACCCCAAUAAUUUACAACUCUAAUCGCUUUUGAUCCGCAUGGGGCAUCACGGGGUGGUAAUUGCAGAUGAUUUGCGAUCAGACAAGCGGAUUAGCGAAUACAGUGAAAUGAAGUAAAACAAAACUAACGAUUUGAGCAUUUAUUGCAUUCAACAAAAAAUUGUGUUUUUGAAGAGUAACCGAAUAUCAAUAUUGUAACCGGGUAACCUCCUGACGAAACGGAUAACCGGUUAACCGAAUAACCGUUGCCAUCCCUAUUAUUUUCCGAUCUUCAUGAAACUUGGUCAGAAGAUUUGUCCCAAUCAUAUCUUGGAUGAGUUAGAAAAUGGUAACCUUUCCUUGAAAACCAUGGGAGCCAAGGGGUGUGGCAUUUUUUCUUAUAUGGCUAUAGUUAAAUCUUGUUAACACUCUAGAGGCCACAUUUAUUGUCCAAUCUUCAUGACACUUGGUCAGAAGAUUCAUCGCAAUAUUAUCUUGGACGAGUUAAAAAAUGAUGCCCUUUAGUUUAAAACCAUGGCCGCCAGGGGGCGGGGCAUUUUUCCUUAUAUGGAUUUAGUAAAACCUUGUUAACACUCUAGAGGCCACAUUUAUUUUACGAUCUUCAUGAAACUUGGUCAGAAGAAUUGUCCCAAUGAUAUCUUGGAUGAGUUCGAAAAUGGUUUUGAUUUCUUUAAACAUAUGGCCACCAGGGGGCGGGGCAUUUUUCAUUAUAUGGCUAUAUAUGGCUUUUGUAAAACUUUGUUUACACUCUAGAGGCCACAUAUAUUGUCCAUUCUUCAUGAAAUAUGGUCAGAAAAUUUGUCGUAUUGAUAUCUUUGAUAAGUUCGAAAAUGGUUAUGUUUGCUUGAAAGACAUGGGUGCCAAGGGGCGGGGCGUUUUUCCUUAUAUGGCUAUAUAUGGCUAUUAUAGUAAAAUCUUGUAAGCAAGAGACCACAUUUAUAGUCCUAUCUUCAUGCAACUCGGUCAGAAGAUUCAUCACAAUAAUAUCUUAGACGAGUUCAAAAAUGAUGCCGGUUGGUUGAAAAAACGUGGGCUCCACGGGGGCGAGGAAUUUUACCUUUAGUUAUAUGGCUAUAGUAAAACCAUGUUAACACUCUAGAGGUCACAUUUAUUUUCCGAUCAUCAUGAAAGUUGGUCAUUUGUCCCAAUGAUAUCUUGGAUUUGUUCGAAAACGGUUUUGGUUUCUUUAAAAUCAUGGGCACCAGGGGCGGGGCAUUUUUCCUUAUAUAGCUAUUUAUGGCUAUAGUAAACAUUGUUAACACUCUAGAGGCCACUUUUAUUGUCCAAUCUUCAUGAAACUUGGUCAGAAGAUUUGUCCAAAUAAUAUCUUGUUAUCCCAGGUGAGCGACUUUGGGCCUUUGAGGCCCUCUUGUUUAACAUUCAUGAAAUGUUAUUGUGCAUGCACACCCGAACAGUUCCUCCUAUGCAAGUAUAUUUAUGUCAAUAGUCCCUUUCUUGUGUAAGAAAACACGAUCUAAUUAACGUUUACAAUUGCAUUUUUAUAGAUGUUUUAUAUAUCUUUGUUACCAGUACGUUUACACUUUUAUUUUAAAUCCGAGUUAAAUAAUUUCUCGACCAAGAACUAUUUUUCAUUUGACAGUUGCUUAAUUCUGAUCAUUGCUUUGUGAUUUUAAAACUGAGUGAUUUGCCUUAUGUUAUAUAUAUAUCUUACACGUGUUCUGUUAUUUUAAGGUACUUCAUUGAUUCCUAACCAGUAUUGAUGUGUGUUUGGUGUAAAUAUUGAUUAACAUUCAUCAGUCACUGUCACCGAAACUGUCAGUUUCGGAAAACAUUUGUCUUUACAAGCAAUUUGCAUACCAGUACACAUUUUUAUAGAAUUUUCAAUAUAAACUUUUUAAAAUUGUGUUAUACUGUGUGAGAGUGUUGUGAUUUGUUAUUAUUCAGUUUUAAUUGUUCAGAGUUGUGUUGUUUAUUUUCAUUUUUUAGUUGCAAUUUACCAAUUAUUAUUACGUCGAAUAAGUUUAGUCGGUGACUUAAAGUUUUGGCCCUAUGAAUCCCAGUCUGGCCCUGCAAGUUAAUUUAAGUCCACAUGUCUGGUUUUUAUGUGGAUUUAACAUACUUUUGAAAAUAUCUGUUUCAGGGAGGUUUUGUGCUGUUGUUUUUUCCUUUAUAGGUAGCUUGCAGACUUGCGUGUACAGUUAAAAUCAGCAAAAGUAAUUGGCACAAAUCAACAAAUAGAAUCUUCUUUCUUGCAAUUAUCAAAUUUCUUUUUGUAAUUUAUGAAUGAUCAUUGUGUAGUUUACAUAUACUUUAUAACUAUUACGCAUUCUAAUCUUCAAAUACGUGUUUUCGGCUUUAACAUCUGGUACAGACAAACAUGUACAUAAGCCUAUCAGAAAGGAAGAAUAUUCAAGCGCACUUUCUUCUCAGCUCUUGUUAAAAUGAUAGCGAAUGCGUAUUGUUAAAUAUUUAAAUGCCACAGUAACGUAUUUAUCAUGCGCCAUCAUGCUUUGUAUUUCACUAAAAAAGCUCUCUGAGCACAUAUUAUUGUUACAAUUACUAAUUGUUAAAUUGAUACAAUCUUUUGUAUUGAAAAAACGUUUUAUAUUAUUGUUGUCGAUUUUGCAAACUUAAAGUGAUUUAUGUGACUAAGUAUUCUAUAAAUCCCACCUAAGCAAAAUGUGCUCAUAGUGAGCAUUUUGAUGGCCGUUUGUCCCUCGUCAAUAUUUGACUUGUGAAUACUCUAAAGAUCACAUUUAUUUACCUAUCUUCCUGAAACUUGAUCAGAGCAUUUAUCUCAAUGUCAUCUUGGCCAAUUUAAAAACUGGAUCAUAUGGUUUAAAAAAAAAAGGUUAUUAGGUCAAAUAAAGGAAAGAAGCUUGAUAACGCUCUAGAUGUCACAUUCUAUUUCCAAUCUUCAUGGAACUUGGUCAACACAAUUCUUUCAAUGAUAUUUUGACCGUGUUUUACAACUGGGUUACGUAUGGUAAAAAAAGGCAUCUAGUUCAAAUUAAAGUCAAAUAUUGUGAACACUUUAAAGGAAAUGUGUAUUUCCCAAUCUUCAUGAACCUUGGUGUCCAAAUUAUAUUGUUGCUGAGUUCGAAACUUGGUCACGAUAGGUAAAAAACUAAGUUAUCAUGUCAAUAAAAGACGACAUUUUGUGAAAACUAUAGAGGCCACAUUUGUUGCCCAAACUAAAUUAAACUUAGCCGAAACAUUUCUUUUAAUGAAAUCUCUACCGAGUUAAAAACUCCAGUAUGUUGGUUUAAAAUUGUCGCUUUAUUAAAAUAAAGAAAGAGCUUUAGAUCUUUCUAGGGGCCACAUUUAUUGCACUAUCGACAUGAAACUUCGUCAGAUCAUUUGUCUUUGUGAUUUCAAUGCUGAGAUCGAAACUGGAUCACGGGAUGUCAAGGUCUAUUAUGAAUCCUUGUGAACAUUUCCUGGCCAUAUAUUUUUGUACACGUUUGUUUUAUAUUCCAGUUUUGUAUUAGCUCUCCUGAGCAAAAUGUGAUCAUGGUGAGCUUUUUUAAUCACCUUUUGUCCGUCGUGCGGUGUUAACAUUUGCAUUGUGAACACACUAGAGGCCACAUUUCCUUUCCGAUCUUCAUGAAACUUGGUCAGAAGAUUUGUCCCAAUUAUAUAAAGUGGACGAGUUCGAAGAUUCCGGUUGGUUGAAAAGCAUGGCCGCCAGGGGGAGGGGCAUUUUUCCUGAUAUUGCUUUAGUAAAACCUUGUUAACACUCUGGACGCCACAUGUAUUGUCCAAUCUUCAUAAAACUUGGUCAGAAAAUGUGUCCUAAAAAUAUCUUGGAUGAGUUCGAAAUUGGUUCCGGUUUGUUAAAAAACAUGGCCGCCAGGGGGCGGGGCAUUUUUCCUAAUAUGGCUGUAGUAAAACCUUGUUAACACUCUAGAGGCUGCAUUUAUCGUCCGAUCUUCCUGACACUUUGUCAGAAAAUUUGUCCAAUUAUAUCUUAGAUUAGUUCACAAAUUAUCUUUUGUAUAAUCUUGUAAACACUAAAGAGGCCACAUUUAUUAUCCGAUCUUCAUGACACUUGGUCAGAAUAUCUCAAUUUGUCUCAAUGAUAUCUUGGAUGAGACAUAACAUGGUUCCGGUUGGUUGAAAAAUAUCCGCCAGGGGGCGGGGCAUUUGAGCUUAUAUGGAUAUAGUAAAAUCUUGUAAACACUCUAGAUAGUUCAUUUAUUGUUUAAUCGUCAUGAAACUUGGUCAGAACAUUUGUUCUUAUGAUAUAUGGGAUGAUUUCGAAAAUGUUUCCGGUUUGUUGAAAAACAUGGACGCUUGGCUCUGGGGCAUUUUUCCUUAAAUGGCAAUAGCAAAACCUUGUGAACACUCUAAAAAAAGUUACAUAUAAAGUCCCGUCUUAAAUUAACUUCGUCAGAACAUUUUUGUAAUGAUAUCUUGGAUAAGUUCAAAAAUUGGUCCGGUCUGUUGAAAAGCAAGGCCACCAGCGGACAGGGGAUUUUCCUUAUAUGGCUACAGUAAAACAUUUUUAACACUCUAAACAGUCACAUUUAAAGUUCAAUCUUCAUGAAACUUGGUCAGAACAUUUGUUCAAAUGAUUUUUUUUAAUAUAAAGCUUAACAGAACAGGUCAGUUCCUUUGUAUCUUAGGCGAGCGACUUUGGUCCUUUCAGACCCUCUGAGACGCGAGAUAUGUCAGUUGUCGUUAUGCACAUUUGUCAUCGCACAAUACGUGUACAUUUUAUGUAAUAUUACGUAUAUAGAAAUUCUUUACAAUAAAAAAUACUUGUGUUAAUUGGCAUGCGUUAUGUUCGUUUCGGUGUAAUAUAAUAUCAUGCCCUUUGUUUGCCAAGUUUACCAUGCAAAUUAUUGAUUUGCAUAAUUGUUGUGCUGAAAGUAGUUAAGUAUUGAUAUGAUUAUUUAACAGUUUUAAGUCAACUGUAAUCAUAAAUAAUGGCCAUUAAUCUUGCUUUUUUCUAAAUCUAUUCAAUAUUGCAAAUAAUGUAUUGAUUAUGUCAUACGAUUUUUGAUAAGACAGCUCCUGGGUAAACGUUUUACAAAAUGUUUUAAAUGUACACUAUUGACUAUAAUAUGUUACAUGUUUAGAUAGACAUGACACCGCAACCAUAUUAUAAUCGUCUAUGGCGGUUGAUCACUUUACUAAAAACAACUUAUACAUACAAUGCAAUAAAUUGUUGUAUUUGUGGAAUGUAUACGUGUGUAAUACACUAUUUCGUAUUUAAGGUCGUGUUCGUUUUCCUGGCAAAACAAAGGCGAUCUUAUAACAAUAUGUGAAUGACCUCAUUAAAACUGCGUUUCGAUUCAUUAAAUCGAUUUCCAAUAUGAUAUUGGUACUCACAUUGUUUUCUGUUAAUUGAAAUAAUUUAUAACGCCCAAAUAUAAUAUUAUGUUUGUUUUCGCUUUCUGACCUGUGCACAAUAUUCUGAGUAGGUAGUGGGAUAUAUUUCCAUUUACAUUGUUGACUUGAGAAUGCAACUUCCAGAUCGAACAACAAUGGCAGAAUAAAUUAUUCAAUGCUUUAACAGUAUAAACAUAAACUAAUAAUUAGAUUCAAUACUAUGUUCAUAUUUAAGUAUUUAAUGAGGUCACUCAGGUGUGAUCGACCUAAGUAGAAGGAAUAUUUUUCGUUAACUAUGUUACGGUUUCAUCAAGUUAUUCAUGUUUAAUAAUUACUCGCAUGCUGUUGAAAGGAAUAAAUGUGUAUAUUGGC